AUGUCAGCACCUGGGAAGUUUGAUUAUUCAUCUAGUGUGCUAGAGAGGCCUCUAUACAGAUCUAACUUCGCCUCACAGAUGGAAAGAUCUAGUAGCUUCCGCGAGACCAUGGAACAUCCUGUCCUGUCUCAUCCAAACUUGCUGAGGAGCACUUCACCAAUAGCACAAACCGACGUAACAAACUUCUUUCAGUGUUUGCGGUUUGAUCCUAAGGUGGUUGCCGCAGAUCAUAAGUCUAUACGUCAAGGUGACUUUAAGCGGCAAGUGAAUAUUGCGCUUGGAAUAGAAGGAGAUGAGUCUCCUAUUGGAGCGUUGAAAGCGAAGUUGAUUCCAUCUCCUAUAGCGGAAGAGAUCAAAAGACUAAAAGCUGGUCUGCGAGAAAACAAUGUGAAAGCCAGGGAGCGCGUUAAAAUUUUCAACGAAGCUUCUUCUGUAUUCAACAAGUUUUUUCCAAGUGUGCCUACGAAGAAGAGGUCUCGACCAGAAGGGUUUUCUGGUGAGCGGUUGGUAUCAGGACCAGGCCUAGGUAAAAUGGGAAUUCAAGGUCAGAACCUAGCUGGUGGAUUUGAGCUUGACCAGCAAAAGUUGGAUGAACGACCUAAAACUGGUGUUCCAAAUAAGCGAACACGUACUUCCAUGAUGGAUGUUCGAAGCAAUUCUAUUGUUCGACAGUCAGCUGCUGUAGACAGAGAUAAAGAAAUAAUGCGGCUGGCAAAUCACAAUGCAGUUCAAGGGGACGAUCGAACUUCAAUUGGUAUUGAUGGCUGGGAAAAUUCGAAGAUGAAGAAAAAACGCUCUUGUAUUAAAACGGACUCUCAGCCUAACCCGGCUUCAAAUAAAGUGGUUGAUAGUUACCGAGACUUGAAGCAAGGCACACAACAGAAGCCAAUGGUUGACCCCCGGUCGAGAUUGAAUGGUGACUCGAGCAUGUUAAGGCAAACUGCUGGUAAUGGAGCUACUGUGUAUGGAAGAUCUGAUAACCUCUCUCAGCAGACGAGCUUGGCUGGGCAGCCCCCACUAUCAAGGGUCGAUUCUGAUCAUAAUCAUGUAUACAAUGAGAAGAAAGAACGCUCCAUUGGCUCAGAUAAGGAAAGGGUGAAUCUCAGAGCUCCCAACAAGUCCAAUAUCCAUGAUGAAUUCAAUUCUUCAAGUCUGGUUUCAAACACAAAAACAAAUGCUUCAGUUCGCGGGCCUAGAUCAGGAACCGGUCUACCACCAAAACUGUCUCCAGGAGUUCAUAAUACUCCGUCCCCUAGUGACUGGGAUAUCUCCGGCUGUACAAGUAAGCCUCCACCGUUGUCAGGGGUUACACAUCGCAAGCGUAUGACAUCAAAUCGGUCUUCACCACCACCUGUCGCUCAAUGGGCCAGUCAAAGACCUCAAAAGAUAUCCCGUCAAGCAAGAAGGACGAAUUUAGUCCCCAUUGUUUCCAAUAAGGAUGAAGUUCCCUACUCAGAUAAUAUAUCAGAUGCUGGUUGUAGCGAAACUGGGUUUGGAUUUCACAAACGCUCACCAGCUGCUGCUUCUCCUCAAUUGAAACUAAAAGGUGAAAGCAGCUUCUCUACAGCAGCUUUAUCAGAAAGUGAGGAAUCUGGGGCCCCUGAGAUCAAGUCUAGAGACAAGGGGAAACAGUCUGAUGAGGUUGAUGGAAAAGCUGCACAGAAUAUUCCUAAAGUGUCCAUCCCUGCUUCACAAUCAAGAAAAGGUAACAAGCCUACUUCUGGUGAAGAGAUUGGAGAUGGUGUGAGAAGGCAAGGAAGGACGGGCCGUGGCUUUUCCUCUACAAGGUCUCUCAACCCAAUGGGAGCAGAGAGACGUAAGAAUGCUGGAACAGCAAAACAACUCCGCAGUGCAAGACCUGUUUUUGACAAGAGUGAAAGUAAGGUGGGUCGUCCACCUACUAGGAAACUAUCUGAUCGCAAGGCAUACAAACGUCAGAGAGCUACGGCAACAAAUGCUUCACCACUAGAUUUUCAUGCCGGUUCAGAUGAUGGCCAUGAGGAGCUACAAGCAGCUGUCAACUCAGCUGUAAAUGCAGCUCUGAAUUCUCCCAACUCUUUCUGGAAGCAAAUGGAGCGCUAUUUCUGCUUUAUAUCUGAUGAUCAUAUCAGUUUCAUGAAACACGAGGGAGAACUAUCCUCCGUGGUUCCUUCACCCGUUAUGUCAUCCUCUGACUUUGAUAGCCGUGAUUUAUGUCCUGAAGAACUUGCAACUAGCAGAGUGGAUUUCAAGGCUUCUCCACUUUACCAGAGAUUGCUAUCAGCUUUGAUUUCUGAGGACUCGAUCAGUGUAAAUGAAGAUAUACAAGUUGAUGGAUUUGGGGCCAUGCAUGAUCUUGAUGAUGACUCAGAAUUCAGUGUUCUGAAUAAUAUGGUGGACUUCAAUGGGUUUAGAAACAAUGAAAGACUGGAUCUUGAUGAAUCAGAAGAUGAUGGGUCUGCAAUCCUGUACAAGAGUUUUAAUAAGUCAGCCCACCACUGCAAUGGAAAAUUUUCAGAUUAUUCACCCAUAGACUUCUUAGACAUUCAAUAUGAUAAAUUGGGGAUAGAUGAAAAGAUUUAUCUGGAAGCUCAGUCCAUUGGAUUAUCCAUAGAACCAAUGCCUAGUAUCUCAAACAUGGAGGAUGAAGGAAUUGUUGACGAAAUCAAAAAGAUGGAGGAGGCUAUCUGCAAGGAGGGUUCCAAGAAGAAAGAGAUGGUGGAAAGGCUACUAAAGCCUGCCAUAGAGAUGAAAGAAAUUCAGGAGAAGGAGUUUGAUCAGCUUGGUUAUGAUAAACUCAUCGAAAUAGCAUAUGAGAAAAGCAAGGCAAGUCGGCGUCAUCACAACGCUGGUGGAAAGAAUUCCAAUAACAAGAUAUCAAAGCAGGCUGCAAUGGCUUCUGUUAAAAGGACGCUUGGACGAUGCCACCAAUUUGAGGAGACGGGCAAAAGCUGCUUCAGUGAUCCUGAGAUUAAGGAUAUGUUCAUUGCCAGGUUGGCAACAGCCGAAGAUGCCCUUACAGACAAGGAGUGUAAUCCGUCGACUUCAACACCAGUUGGCUCACAGCCAAGCUCUUCGUUGGCACGCAUUGGGCAGAACUUGGAGAACUAUGCCAAUGCUGUACCAUCUGAAAAUGCUUUACUAGAACAAACAAUGGCGAGAGAAGACACAGAAUGGUCCAAUAGGGUCAAGAAGAGAGAGUUGCUGCUUGAUGAUGUCGGUGUUGGGACACAACUCUCAAGUAGUACAAAGGGAAAGAGAAGUGAGAGGGACAGAGAUGGGAAAGGGCAGGCUUCAUCUAGAAGCGGAACCAAUAAGAUCGGCCGGCCUUCCCUGUCCAAUGCUAAGGGUGAAAGAAAACCCAAAGCAAAACCGAAGCAGAAAACAACUCAGAUAUCUUCUUCAUCUGUUAGGAGCCCGGAGCAACCCAAAGCAACAUUACCUAAAUCGAGUGAAGCAAACAACGAGUACAACAACUUAGAGGCACUGGAGGAGACAGAGCCGAUUCUCGACUUAUCUCAGCUACAAAUACCGGAUUGCUUAGGAGGUCCAGAUGAUUUUGAUGCGCAACCAGGUGAUAUCAGCUCAUGGUUUAACAUGGAAGACGAAGAAGAUUUCGAUAUCCUGGAGCUUGGAAUACCAAUGGAUGAUCUCUCAGGGCUCAACAUCAAGUUAUGA